CACAAGUUGAUUAAAUCUUAGAGAAAGAAAGAGAUUCCAUUUGUUCAGAUGGAAAUGGGAACUGGCUGAUGCUGCACUCAUCACUUAGCUUGGGAACAAACGCAGAGAGAUAAAAAAAGACUGUAUGGCGUAUCUCCAGAGAGCUGAUUUUCUUUUUAUUUAUUUCUCUCUCUCUCUCUCUCUCCAAAACCCUAUUUAAAUACCGUCAUAGAUUACUUCUUUCUCCCGUGCAAUUGUCUUCUCCAUUCCCCAACACCACUACUUGUUGUGUUCUUGCGCCCUCUUCUCUUUCUCUUACAUCUUCAUAACUUAUCUUUUUCUCUUUUAAGUUCAGUCACUAGUCAGUUACUUACUUCCCAUUCGUUACACUUCUUGUUAUAGAAGAUGUCUGGCAGAAGGUCAAGAACCAGGCAGUCCGCAGCUUCAAGGAUCACUGAUGAUCAAAUCAAUGAUCUUGUUUCCAAGUUACAACAACUUCUUCCCGAGCUUCGCAAUAGCCGCUCUGACAAGGUUUCGGCAGCCAUGGUAUUACAAGAGACAUGCAACUAUAUUAGAAACCUGCACAGAGAGGUUGAUGAUCUUAGCGAAAGACUAUCUGAGCUAUUGGCCACAACUGACACUGCCCAAGCUGCUAUAAUCCGGAACUUACUUACGCAAUAGUGUUGAGGAUGAAUAUUAGGAGAGCUCAUUUAAUUUAGGCAAUGUAGCCAAUCGUCUAUCUGAAUUUCUGCUUCUUCUUCCCCUUUUAGGUCUCUCUGUCACUGCAUUAUUACGUAUUAUUAGUUGCAGUGGAAUGAUUAGAGAAUCCUUUUUGCAAGCUUAUGUUUAUGCAACCUAUAUAUAAUAAAAGGCCUUCUUCUUUCUAA